UUUCUUCUAAGAGGGUAGAAAAAGUGAGUUUGGAAAAUCCAUUCCACUCUCCCAGCAGUGGUGAGCUGGAAAUCUGUAUGAAAGGGAAGGCACAAAUUCCUUGUACCAUCUGUCCUCCCACCUCCCAAGAAAGAAAAAGCCUGCUAUCCAAAGCAUGGGGUCUAAUCCACAGAUGGCUACUUACACAUUAAAACAUUGUACUUUGACCUUCAUAAAGGUUUAGCAAGUGAGGCAUGAUAGUAUCUGGCCUUGCAAACCCUUCAGAACAGGACAAAACAAGGGCAAGGCUGUGUGUGAUUUAAUAGGCAAGGACAGUAACUUGUGGGGUUUUUCUCCUGUCUGCAGCUAAGCGGAGAUUAACAUGACCAAAACUGUUUAUUUUGGAAAGAAGAGUACAGGAGGGGAAUUCAGCACAGCAGAGAGACGACGAGUUAGAUACUGCUAUUUUCACUAAAAGAACAAUGAAUCUCUAACACAACUGAAGACAACAAGCUUAAUUUGACAAAACAUUUCUAAUGUAUUGCCCACAAGAAUUAAUGGGAAAGCAAAAAUUAUUUUAAUAUGUUUCCUUAAUAUUUGCAAUUGCAAUACCUGAGCUAUCCUUGAGAUGGUGCAAAAGACAUGCUGCUGGCUGACUGCUGCUCUCAUUAAGGGACCAGAAGACAGAAAAAGGAAAGUGCUAAUUAUAUCCCUAUGCUUUUCAGUUUUAAGAGUUUGUUUUCUUUUCAAUUGUUUGGAACAAGUCUCUGAAAACUGGCAACCCCUUACAGCAGAAGGGCUGUUGCUUUAAUAAUUAGCUAUUCUUAUUUGUCCCCAUUCUGGUUUUCCACCCCCCCCCCCCCCCCCCAAAUCUGCCACCUAAACUAUGCCACUAUUUCGUUGACCUGUGAUUUAUGACUUCUUACAAACAAAUUGUAAAGUCUAGGAAUGAAGAAAUCCUGGAUGAAAGAAGCUGGAGAAAAAGCAUGUGUCACAUUUUGAGUGAGAUAUUUUGAGUAGUAGUAAGAAGAAAGGAAAUUACUUGUUGAGCUUACUGAAGCAGCAACACGCUUUUAAAGAACUUGUGCUUAAUGCUUUAAAACAAAACUAAACCUUAUUUCUUUAUUAAAAUAAUGUAAAUAUUCAGCAAUAGCAAUUAUUCUUUCCAAGCCCUUUUACUGUGAUAAUACCCCAGUCCUUGCUAUCUUUCUGUAAUCUACAGACCCACCUGCAAGCUUGUAAUUUACUGACUCCCUCAAAACUUCCGUCCCGUUUGUUGUCUCCAUCAUCAUCACCAUCCUGUUAUUUACAGCUGUAAUAACAGCCAGCAAAAUUGUCCCUUACCAGAAAAGCUUCCCUCCUUCUCACUCUGCCUUCAUUGGAUCCUGCUCUUUUGAACAGAUCAGAACAGACAAAUGUAGCCACCCACCUCUAGGAGGAAAACUGAGCUGCAGCCCUGGUGAAACAUAAAGUUUAUUUGACUAAAGUGACGCAAAAAUUCUUGAAGAGCUCUUUGGCAGCAGAUUAUCUGGAAAUCAGACCAUGUGAGGGGGAUUGGUGUACAAAAACCUCACCAAGAUGCUGAGUUGCCCACAGGCUGACUUCCCGAGACUCUGAAGUAAAUGUGGGUGAAGGUUACUCGAGCUUGGAUAACACCAAGGAAAGCGCUUCAAACCCAUCUGAAAGACAGAAAUUGCCAGUAGAAGUCACAGGAUGAACUGAAAAUGAAAAUACAAGCCACACUAAACUCUGCCCUCAUUUUUGCAAACGGGGAGUCCCACAACCUCCCUGGUUGUGAAACCAGUGUUCAGAGGGAGAACGUGGUACCAGAAGACAGCAGAACUGUGUCUGCCUGUGAGUUGUCCAGCAACGCACAAAGUCCAGCAAAUCUGCCCGAGAGGUUAUAAGCCAGAUGGUGUUUGUGCCUUCAAUCUGAUGGAUUUAAAUAUGGAAGAGGAAUUCUAAAAGUGCUGGCAAUACACUGGGAAUAAAAGUGUGGGAAGACAAGCCACAAGGGGACUCUGUGCUGCUGUCCGUCUGCAAGUGAUCAGAACAAAUCUCGGACAAAAUGGAAAAAAAGGCAACAAGCAAUGAGACUGAGCCGCUGACUUCCAAGAAAGAUGUCUCAGACUGUAACGAAGGAGAAGAUUGUAAAGAGAACAGACUUCUGGUCAGGAACCCUAAAUCUGCCCUACGGCUAGUGGAGGAUGGCAAUAAAGUCCAUCCCAGCCAGGGAGAUAAAGGGGAGGCAGCUCAGAUCUCAAACGGUUAUUCAGGGGUUCAGAGCUCUGUUCCCUGCAAUGGAAUGGGAGAGGUGGAAGAUGCCCAGUGCACUGCCCCAGCAGCCACAACCACCACUACGACCACUACUUCUACCACCUGCGGAGCAGAAGGCCAGCAGCAGCUGAUGGAGCUAGAAGACAGAGAGACCUGGAGUAAAAAAAUUGACUUUCUACUCUCUGUCAUUGGAUAUGCAGUGGAUCUGGGAAAUGUGUGGAGAUUUCCUUAUAUAUGCUAUCAAAAUGGAGGAGGAGCAUUCCUCAUUCCUUACACAAUUAUGGCCAUCUUUGGAGGGAUUCCUCUCUUCUAUAUGGAACUAGCACUAGGACAGUACCACAGGAAUGGGUGUAUUUCAAUUUGGAGAAAAAUAUGUCCUAUAUUCAAAGGAAUUGGCUUUGCCAUCUGUAUAAUAGAUCUUUAUGUAGCCUCCUACUACAACACCAUUAUGGCCUGGGCCUUUUACUACCUCGUAUCCUCCUUCACGGCGGAGCUGCCAUGGACUAGCUGCACAAAUGCUUGGAACACGGGCAACUGCACUAACUACUUCAGCAAGGACAAUGUCAGCUGGUCCCUGCACUCCAUCUCUCCCGCAGAAGAAUUUUAUACCCGCCAAGUUCUACAGGUGCACAGGUCCAAUGGGCUGGAUGACCUGGGGGGCAUUAGCUGGCAAUUGACCCUCUGUUUAUUGUUAAUCUUCACCAUUGUAUACUUCAGCAUCUGGAAAGGGGUCAAAACAUCUGGCAAGGUGGUAUGGGUGACUGCCACAUUCCCUUACGUCAUACUCUUUAUCCUGCUAGUGAGAGGUGCGACUUUGCCUGGGGCUUGGAGAGGUGUCCUCUACUACUUAAAACCUGACUGGCAGAAACUCCUGGCCACUGAGGUUUGGGUGGAUGCAGCAGCUCAGAUUUUUUUCUCCCUUGGUCCAGGUUUUGGUGUCCUAUUGGCUUAUGCCAGCUACAACAAAUUCCAUAACAACUGCUACCAAGAUGCUCUGGUUACCAGUACCGUGAACUGUGUGACUAGUUUUGUGUCUGGAUUUGUCAUUUUCACUGUGCUGGGAUACAUGGCUGAGAUGAGGAAUGAAGAUGUAUCAGAGGUUGCCAAAGAUACUGGACCCAGCCUUCUCUUCAUUACGUAUGCUGAGGCCAUUGCAAACAUGCCUGCUUCCACUUUCUUUGCCAUCAUCUUUUUCCUGAUGUUACUCACGCUGGGAUUAGACAGCACGUUUGCAGGGCUAGAGGGAGUGAUUACUGGAGUACUGGAUGAAUUCCCGCAUGUCUGGAGCAAACGCAGGGAAUUGUUUGUCCUUGGUCUGACCAUCGUUUGCUUUUUGGGGUCAUUAGCAACCCUGACAUUUGGAGGUGCGUAUGUGGUAAAGCUGUUUGAAGAAUACGCCACUGGUCCAGCUGUCCUAACAGUCGUGUUUCUGGAAGCAGUUGCUGUGGCCUGGUUCUACGGCAUCACCCAGUUUUGCAAUGAUGUGAAAGAAAUGCUAGGCUUUACCCCAGGCUGGUACUGGCGAGUUUGCUGGGUAGCAAUUAGUCCCAUCUUCCUUCUGUUUGUCACUUGCAGCUUUCUGUCCAAUCCUCCUGAGCUACGGCUUUUUGAUUAUAAUUAUCCCUACUGGACUACAGUAGUGGGUUAUUGCAUAGGAACUUCUUCAGUCAUGUGUAUUCCAAUCUACAUGGUUUAUCGGUUGAUCAUCACUCCAGGAACACUGAAGGAGCGUGUUCUGAAAAGCAUUACUCCAGAAACAGCUACAGAAAUUCCUUUUGGAGACAUCCGCAUGAAUGCAGUAUAAGCUGACCUGUUUUCUGGGGGGAAGAGAGGGAGAGCAUAAAAUAUAACUUUCCCCACACUCUCCCACCCAAAGAAUUACGUUUCCAGCUGAGACAACAAAGGGAGGAGUUUUCUGUGGAGGUUGCAUCACUGACAACAGGCAUUUGGAAACAUGAUGCCUCCAGCACAUUUAUCCAAGCAAUUCAAUGAAAUCUACUGUGCACUUCUAACCAGACUGAACUGACUGAGAACUAAUUCAUUCUGGAAACAUGAGGAUGGCUGUGUGCAUGAGAAUACCACUACUCCAUGCACGGGCACUGGGGCUGUUUGAAAGUGUGCGUGAUUGCACAAGCCACUAUAGGACGAAUAUCAGCGGAUAGGACUAGGUGUAGAAUCCCAAGUCUGUGGCAGUACUCCUGUAUCUUCCUCAAUGUGAUCGUUCAUACUGGGCAAUGUCAUAUUCGCUUCUAAGGUUCUAAUUGCUUAAACUACAUUGAAAAACACAAAAAUAUUUCUGAUAGCCAUACAUUACUCAAGUAACACAGGGUUUUAUAAACUAGAAAAAAAAUCAGUAAAUUCCCUAGGUUUGUAGUGGAGUAGACAGAGGAAGAGGAAACAAUCCUGAGCAGCACUAUAUACAGCUCUGCAUACAUUAGCACACACAUCUGAUAGCAUUAUCCUCCCUUUCCUGCAUUUUGUAGAUGGUAACAGUUUCUAUUGUUUCUUGCAUAACAAAUACCACAAAAGCAUUUUUUGUAAUGUUGUAGCCUUCACUUUCCUUUAGACCCAAUUAAGCUGCAAAAACUCAUCAUGGGUUACUUGACAAGAACCUAAGUUGCUAGCACUUACUAUACUGUUUUCAUAACUCAUCUAAAUAUUCACAAAAUCAUUGUCCUGACAGACCUAACACUUACACGUAAAGAAACUACAGACCAACAAUGAAUUUUUGAGUUCCGAUGCCAAAAAGUGGAAUCUUAAAAAUCUGCUUCUCUGCUUUUUGGUUUUUAUUUAAAUUUAAGUUCAUGCCUAAAAUUU